AUGCCAGACGUGACGGACAGACAGUUUCUGGCAAGUGAGGCUUGGAGCACCAAUAAUGAUCUUCUCCGAAAUCUUGCCAUCUCUAAAGUGGCCACCGGUGUUCUCGGUGUAGCCAUACGAAGUUCAACAAUACCCGGAUUUGAAAAUUACCUCAGAAGUUUGCACCCAAUUCGUAAUCCAGAUGAUGACUUCCUAAGAGAAUUCUGGGAAAAUGAGUUUGGAUGCAGUCCUGGAGCUUUGCAAUUACAUGCAGCACCUCUCUCUUCAACACUCAAAACAAGGUCUAACCAUGUAUCUUCUGCCAAAGCGUCCUUUCAGAAAGCUUCUUUAUCCCCCUGCAGUGGCACAGAGUCCCUGGAGGGACUGCAUAAUUCCAUCACUGAUACCUCUCAGUUAAGGGUGGCAUAUAAUGUCUACCUUGCUGUUUAUGCUGCGGCCCACGCCCUUCACAGCCUUCUCUCCUGCCCCGACACAGACAGCUCACCUGGAAACAACAGCCCCACCUGCUCUUCUACAAAAAACAUCAAAUCCAUAGAGCUGUUGCAUCACCUGAACAACGUGCAUUUCACCACACCACAGGGGGAAACGUUUUACUUUCAAGGUGGUGAUGCCCCAGCAAAGUACGACCUUGUUAACUGGCAGAACACCCCUGAGGGAUCCCUCAAACUUGUUUUGAUUGGUCGCGUGGACGGGUUUGACCUUCACCUAAACGAGUCAGCUAUUCAAUGGACCACCGGAUCCAAACAGGUGCCUACUUCAGUGUGCAGUGAGAGCUGCCCCCCUGGCACCCGUACGACCAACAGGAAAGGAGAACCUCUCUGCUGCUUUGAUUGUAUCCCAUGUGCUGAUGGGGAGAUUAGCAAUCAAACUGGUUCCCUUCACUGUGUGCGUUGUCCAGUAGAGUUUUGGUCCAAUGCUAAACGAACUGCCUGCAUCCCUCGCCAGCUGGACUUCCUUUCCUUUAAUGAAAUUUUGGGCAUUACCCUGACUACAGCAGCUGUGUCUGGUACCAUGGUGACAACAGCUGUAUUUGUCGUGUUUCUCUGCUACCGUCACACACCUAUGGUUCGAGCCAACAAUUCAGAACUGAGCUUCCUGCUUCUCCUGUCGCUGAAGCUCUGCUUCCUCUGCUCACUGGUGUUCAUUGGUCGCCCAUCAGUCUGGGCUUGUCGGUUCCAGCAGGCAGCUUUUGGGAUCAGCUUUGUACUUUGUGUUUCCUGCCUCCUGGUCAAAACCAUAGUAGUUCUGGCUGCUUUCCGCUCAGCUCGGCCUGGUGCUGAAACCUUGAUGAAGUGGUUUGGUCCGGGCCAACAGAGAGGAAGCGUUUGCCUCUUUACAUCUAUACAGGUUAUCAUUUGUGCCACAUGGCUGUCCCUCAGCCCCCCUGUGCCUCAACGUGAUCUGGGUUUUCAGGGGUCAAAGGUCACCCUGGAGUGCGCUAUGGCCUCUGUGGUGGGCUUUUCUCUAGUUCUAGGUUACAUUGGUUUGUUGGCCUGCACAUGCCUUCUUUUGGCCUUUUUUGCUCGGAAACUCCCUGACAACUUCAAUGAGGCCAAACUGAUUACCUUCAGCAUGCUGAUAUUCUGUGCUGUCUGGGUGGCCUUUGUCCCUGCUUACGUUAGUUCUCCUGGGAAGUAUGUGGUCGCUGUGGAAAUUUUUGCAAUCCAGGCCUCUAGCUAUGGUUUAUUGCUCUGCCUUUUUGUCCCCAAAUGUUUCAUUAUUCUCUUGAGGCCUAAGAAAAACACCAAGAAGCACCUGAUGGGAAGGUAG